CUAAAACUCUCUCAUUUCCGGUAACAAACCAACCAUUGAAGAAGGUAUACACGUUAUCAUCAUCCACAAACACAAUCCGUUUGAAUUUCAUUUUUUCUCUCCUAAACUCCAAUCCAAUCCUAAAAUGGAGGCACUGGUGGUCCGAAAACUUGGCGAUCCAUCAACCGCUGAACUUUCCGGCGAGAAUUCCCCGCUAUUCUUGUCGAAAAACGAAGCAUUACCGGAGGUAAACUCACCAACGGCGAUUAGGGUUAGGGUAAGGGCUACGAGCUUGAAUUACGCCAAUUACCUUCAAAUUCUCGGUCAAUACCAGGAGAAAGCUACCCUCCCUUUCAUUCCUGGCUCCGAUUACUCUGGCGUCGUUGAUGCCGUUGGUUCGCGUGUUUCGAGGUUCAAGAUCGGUGAUCGUGUUUGCUCACUCGCUGAUUUGGGUUCAUUUGCGCAGUUUGUCGUCGCCGAGGAGUCGGAAUUGUUUAAAGUACCGGAGGGAUGUGAUCUGGUUGCUGCAGCUGCACUUCCUGUGGCAUUUGGGACGUCACAUAUUGGUCUUGUUCAUCGGGCCCAACUUAAAAGUGGUCAGGUUUUACUAGUGCUUGGUGCAGCAGGAGGAGUUGGUGUUUCAGCAGUUCAGAUAGGAAAGGUCUGUGGGUCCGUUGUCAUAGCAGCUGCGAGGGGACCUAAGAAGGUACAAUUUUUGAAGUCAUUGGGCGCUGACCAUGUUGUUGAUAUUAGCCAAGACAAUAUUAUUCCAAGUGUAAAGGGGUUUUUGAAGACUAAGAAGCUCAAAGGGGUAGAUGUCUUAUAUGACCCUGUUGGUGGAAAGCUCACAAAGGAUGCCAUGAAACUGUUAAACUGGGGGGCUAGCAUUUUGGUCAUUGGAUUUGCUAGUGGAGAAGUUCCCGUCAUUCCCGCAAAUAUAGCUCUGGUUAAGAAUUGGACUAUACAUGGACUUUACUGGGGAAGCUAUAGAAUACAUUGUCCAAGUGUCCUUGAACAUUCACUCCAGGAGCUGCUCUCAUGGCUAGCCAGGGGCAUGAUUUCGAUCCAUAUUUCUCAUACUUACAGUCCUGCAGAGGCUAACCUUGCAUUUGCUGCCAUAAAAAAUAGAGAAGUGAUCGGUAAGGUUCUCAUUACCUUCGAUGAUCCGAAGGCUGCAAGAGCUAAGCUUUAGGAUCAAUGGGUUUCACCAAUGGAUUAUCUAGCAGAGCAACUGGGUUUGUUUAUAGCUGUAGACCAGUGUUGCUUCUCAAUAAUUUCGUAGACAAUAUUGUGAUAUACGGAGUACAAUUAUACACGAGUUAUAAUAAAGAUGAGGCCUCCUAUAGAGAUGGGAUCUUUCUACUAUGGUUAUAAUAAAAAUGAGCAUUGCUUAGAA